CUCUACGCGACCCCCACCACUGCCGUAUGGAUUCCAGUAUGGAGUUCAGUGGCGUGUUUAGUGACAUUUAAAAUAUGUUCUUGUAAAUAUUGUUCGGUAUGGUGUACACAUGUUUUAUCUGCAAGAAAAGAUCAGACAAAUCGCAAGGUUUGUCAUUUCAUAGAUUUCCCUCGAAUACUACCAACCGACAACAAUGGCUAGAUAUUCUUGGAAAAUCGAAAGAUGUUCCAGGAAAGGGGGCAGCCAUUUGCUCAAGUCAUUUUGACAGCAAAUCCUUUCGAUACGGGCUAGUAAAUGGGAAGGAGUUUUUGAAACCAGGCAGUAAACCAACGUUAAAUCUUCGAAAGCAAGACCAAACAAGUGUUGCAAUAAAUAUUUCAAACAAGAUAGAUGAAUCAUUUACUAACAACAGAUCAGAUAAUUGGAACUCAAUUUCUUCGCAACUGAUCACUAACAUUCCCAAUGAUGAGUCGUUGCUGGAUUCGCAAAGCAACAAUAUCUCAAACAACCAACUAGUGGAGGAUUUAAGUAUAGAAAAGCGAACCAUCUUAAACAAACGGAGGCAAGAUACUCCACUAAGUGAAGUUAUCACUAAAAAGAAAAAACGACUCACCGAAAUAACAUGGGAAGAACUUUCAAAAUCGUCCAAACAAGGUGAAAUGUUAUGGGAGAUUGCAAAGCAGGAACUAAUAAAUCAUAGAAAAAAGAUGGAGUGUCUACAGCGUAAAGUUCGACGGCUCAGGCAGAAGGUUUCAAGUUUGAAAUUAUUGACAUAUAAGGCAAAGCUUUUAUAUCAGAACAAACUUUUAGAAUGCAAAAUGUCUUUCAAGCAAACAACAUAUUAAAUGUCUUGAUCAGAAGUACCCUUGAACAUAUUACACCUAGCGUGUUUGAAGAUAAGGAAAACUGUGAGGCUGAUCAUUAUUGAAAACUACUUGUUAAGAUCUUAAACUUUUUCAAAAUUCGGUUACACCACGAAGGAACAUCUAAAUUAGAACAACAAGAAGAGCUUAGAAUAAACAUGAAAUGUAACAAGAUCGUUUUAUUCAAAAACCAAUAAAAGUUGUGAGACGCAUAAUUGAAUGUAA